CGCGUGUUGUUUUUUUUUUUAUCGCAUUGCCUGCCGACCAAACGUAAUUCAAAUAAAUCUCGUAAUCUCGCGGAAAACUGAAUGAAGUAGGCCGAUAUGCAGCGAGCAAGACUGUUGCAGAGUGUGUGGCGGUCAGUGGGCCAACUGCCAGGACGCAGGGCAUCCUCCGUCAGUCUGGGAUUGCGUUAUGCAAUGACGCCGAUGACUUGGAUGCCGCCAGCAGCUCCGCCACUGCAGCGGAGGUUUCUGGCCACCAGCGGCGUCCUCGGUGCGGCUGACAGAAGAAGCCGCCGCCCCGCCUCCUCCGAAAGGCCGGAAGUCAGCGUUGAGGAUGUGUGGUCGCAGCUGGAGGCAUACUACCAGCAGCACAGCCUGCUAAACUACGAGCACUGCCAGCGCGUGCUGGAGCACCUGCAGAGCACGCCGACGGCCCAGGGAGUGAGCGUCGAGCAGCUGCACUUCCUCCUGGGCUCGUGCGUGCCCGAGCUGCUGCCCGCCCAGAGCGCCCAGGAGCGACUGCAGCUCUUCCAGGGCCUCUGGGCGCAACUCCUCAAACUGGGACACCCCACACUGGUUCACUACCACACCAGGCUACAGGUGCUGCGCCAGAACCGCCUGCCCUUGCCCGAUCAUCGCUCCCUGCUAGCCGAGAUUGCCGUUUACCACGGAGCCGCCGACGCCGCCCUGUACAGUGCUCUCCUAGACGUGGCCGGUUCCGCAGGGAACAUGCGCAUGGCAACCGAGCUGCUGACCGAGAUGCGUGAGCGAAGCUUUGCCCUAACGGAGCACAACUUUCACGCCCUGCUCCUGGGCCACGCACGCAACGGGGACCUCGCCGGGGCAGAGUCCGUCCUGGCCAGCAUGCGGGCCGCUGGAAUACAGCCCGGCAGCAGCACCCAGGCUCUGUGGUUCGAAGCACUCGUGGAGAACGGCCAGGUGGCCCAGGCCAAGGAGCUGCUGCAGACGGAGGCGGGAUUCACCGCUCCCCAGCUGCUUCAGAUGCUGCGUGGAGUGCUGGCCAGCAAGAAUGUGGACACGGAGCUGGCCCAGCAUCUGGUCAAGGAACUGCCGCGAGAAUUCCUAACCGGCCUUGACAUGCCGCCCGCAAUCAGGAGUCUGUGCAUCCAGCUGGUGCACCAGGGACGCACCCAAGUGGCCAUCCAACUCGUGGCUGCUUUGCCCGCUCCUAAAUUCGGGGGCCAGAACCAAAACGUCGAUGAGUAUGGCGCACUGCUGCUGCAGGAGUUCUUCCGAGCUCACGUCCCAUUGCAGCAAACACUACAGUUCGCCAGUGAACUGGUCCAGCGGAAUCAGAAUGCCCGCGCCCUGCAUUUGGUGACUGAGUUGGCCCUGCGUCGGUUGCCCUCAUCCGCGCUCCAGUGCCUGGAGGUGCUGUCCGAAGCCGGCGAGGAGCUGCGCCCACACUAUUUCUGGCCCCUGAUCCUGCACCACCACCGGCGGGAGGGCGAGAGCGGCAUGCUGCGCCUGGUGGCCGAAAUGCAGCGCCUGCGCGUGGAGUGCGACGAGGAGACCUUGCGCCAGUAUCUGCUUCCCCACCUCAAGCAAACGCUGACGCAGCCCUUGGAGGCUGUGAAAUCACUGGAGUCGGUGGGUGUGAAGCCUUCGCUAACCCUGGGACCGGUCAUUAGCCACCUGCUACAGCAACAGCAGAUGGCCGAGGUGCUGGAGUUGCUCAAGCGGUAUCCGACGCGCCUAGACCUUUCCACGCUACUCCAACCGCUAUCAUCGCUGGCGGUGAAUGCCCGUGCCACCAAGCGCUUCGACCUUUUCGCGCAGGUCAUCCAGGCCCUGCAGCAGAAGGCUCUCCAGCGGGGCGAGGACUUCGUGGGCGCCUUGCUGCUGCAAAUGACUGGACCGCAGACGCGCCUGCGCCAGGACCCCUCCUCACUGCGCCGCUUCCUGCACGAACUAAGACGCCUAGAGCUGCAGCUCUCGCCUGCGGCAUCCGAAGCCCUACUCUCCUUGGCCCGGCAGUCCACCGAGGACACAGAGCUGAUUCAGGAUCUCGCCAAAACGCUGCAGAAGAUGCGAAACUCCCAGGUCGCCCUGCCGGCGGAUACUGCCUCGCUCAACGGAGGGUUCAUCAAGCAUCCGCGCGACAUGAGCCUAGACGAACUGGAGUGCCAUCUGGUGGAGCUGGAGUCCAAGCAGCUGAAUCCACGCGGCGUGCUGCGCCGCCUGCUGCAGCUCUCGGUGCGCAGUGGUCGCUUGGAGCGGGCCCAGCAGCUACUGGCCAAGUGCCAGGCUCUGAAGGUCCAGACGAGCGCAGGGAUGAUGGCCUCCAUCCUGGACCUACACAUUAAGUUACGUGACUUGCCGAGCGCCCAGAAAAGCCUGGAGCGCCUGAGUAGCACCUAUCCAGCCUUUCAGAUUGACGAGCACAAGUUGAUCGACUACGCCGCCCUCUUGGUGCACGGUCAGCAGCUGGAGGCCGCCAAGCAGUUGCUUAAGCGGCGCGCGGAGCAGCACAAGGUCGUUGGUGGCGACUAUGUGAUCAAGAAUGUGUGGCAGCUGCUGACGAACGUGGCCCAGUUGGCCGCGUCGCAGAACCCAAGUGCGGAGAGCCCAAAGCAAACUAAUCUGACCCUCGAGACGCUGGACUUCCUCCGAGGUCUCGGCUACUGCCAGUCACACAAUGCCCUGCUGGGACCGGUGGUGCGCGAGUGGCUGCUGAAGGGCGACCUGGACGCGGCGGUGGCCGAAUUCCAGCGGCUGGCCAACAAUCACAAGCACACUCCCCUGCAGUUCGAGCUGCUGUCGCUGCUGGUGCGCCUUGGUAACGGUGAUGAGCAAGAGCUGGCCCGUUUCCCCGGCACCACGGCCGAGUCCGCGCAGCAGCACCUGGCUGCGGUUACGGCGACGGUGAGUCGCGUCCACGGUGCGGCCAACAUGAACAGCGCCCUGCUGCUCGCACUUGCCGAGUCCGGCAAGGAGACGCAGCUGCGCCGCCUGAUCAUCAACCCGGAGUUUCGCAUCAACCACGAGCUGCUGGUGAAGAACUGCGAGCAUUUGGGCCAGGAGGGCGCUGUGCGGACGCUGCUCCGGCUAGCGCGCGGAGUGAGGGGCGUGCAGCGGACCAUCGACGAGCAGAAAAUCUACGAUCUGCUGCUGGCCCAGUUCUGCCGGAGCAACGACUACGAGGCGGCGCUGGAUCUCUUCGAGCGCCUGGAGGCCGACGACGAGCUGAAGGUGUCGCAGGAGUUCCUGCGCAACCUGGUGCAGCUCCUGCAGGUGAACAGUGUUGAGAUUCCCAGCGGCAUCGCCCUACGCGCCCAGAUUAGAUAGCCGAACUGCGGGAUGACCACUCUAGUGCUUAGUUAGUGACUUGUUUUGUAAAUAAAUAGACCCAGUCGAUGGGAGACGAUUAA